GUGAUGGUGACAGUGACGCGGUGAGGGUGGCACGGUGACAGUGCCGCCAUCCAUCAGCAGGAUGGGUACUGUGAGGUGGUGGUGGUGACACACUGACACUGAUGGUGUCCCCAUUCCCAGAGGGCCAAGUACCGCAUGGUGGGGUCGGUGACAUUGCAAUGGUGACGUUGCAAUGGUGACAUGGUGACGGUGACAGAGCGAUGGUGAUGAUGACAUGGUGACAGUGACACAGCGAUGGUGACGGUGACAGUGACACAGUGAUGGUUACACGGUGACUGUGACGGUGACAUGGUGACGGUGACACAGCGAUGGUGUCAUGGUGCCGGAGAUGGUGACACGGUGCUGGUGCUGGUGACAGACACGGUGACUGUGACACAGUGAUGGUGACAAGGUGACUGUUGCGUUAAAGCGUAACGAAGUUUGGCAGAAAAUAAACCCCCGUGCAUUCCAGCUUGUCCUCAGAUAUCAGGGGGGCUGGGGGCGGCCAGGCUUAGAUUCUGCGUGAUGCCCAAUUCAGCACUCUAAGUCCGGUCACGUUCGAUAUAUUGAACUAUCACGAUUACAGAUGCACUAAUAGUGCACUGUCCUUUCCAUUUAGUCACGUUCAACGAGCUAUCACGGCUAGAUUUUAAUGAAUAGUACAGUUUAUUAAAGCAACAGGAGUACAGGUUCUUUUGGAUUGCCGGUGAUACGUACGCUGUCUGCAAAGCACGUGCAAAUAAUAAUGCAGUCGACUACAAGCACACUAAAUGAUGGAAAAACUCUACAGAGCUUUCUGAGUUUCCCGGGGAAGCACUCGGUAUAACUGAGGGUCCGAAUCUCACCCAGUAGGCAUCUCUAUGGUAGGGCGGGAAGAGACGUUCAGCCCCUCGACUGCUCCCAGAAGUCAGCGAUGUCCUCCCGACUUGUCUAUGAUGGUAUCUUCCCCAGCAUUCCUCCUCUCUUAAGCCCUUUUGUACUAUUUUCUUAUUUUUAGGUGGAGCUUGAGUGACUCUAGUCAUACUUACCUUUAUUAUGCUUGGUGUAACAUCUCCUCGCUUUACUUUUAAAGGUAUAUGCUAGAGAAAAUUCAGAGCGCAUGCUCAGUGAGGGGUGGUUGCACCUUAGAGGCGGGUAGCUUUUGGGACAGAGGUGUGUUUUGCUAUUAUAAUGAGAUUAUAAUGAGCAAAGUUCCAUGUCAGUACUCCAGAACUGGGCACUGAUGAUAUAAAUCAGAAGUAAGACAACAGCGUUGACAGAACCCCCUUGUUUCACCUCCUUGCUUCAGUGGAUUCAAUGCAGGAACCUUCCGUUCUUGUUCCUAUGGUUCCAGUUCCCCAUCCCUGCGGUGAUUUCGCAGAGCGUGGCCGCGGCGUCUCCGCUCUGCUCCGCCCUCCGUGUUGCUUCUCAGAGUCAGCACACCAAGCUCCCCUCGUGUUGCUGACAUCUAAGGUUGCAGGUCAUGUUGCUUAGGGAAUUAUUAUGGAACAGAUUCCUUGCAUAUCCACUGUAUUCCACCCUGGAGGUUCACCUUCCCUUACGAGAGGCGGGGGGACAUAUCAAUAAGUCACCUCCAGCAAUUAUUCCACACUGGGCUGGCAUUCUUCUGAAGUUACCUCAUUCUCUUGGAAUCGUUUCCUUGGUCGUCUUCAUUCUGCUCGCAUCUGCCAGUUUCAGCUAGUUCUGUGUCAGCAGCAUUAGCUUUAUCAGAAAGUUGACUCUCGCUCAGCUCUUGCGGCCUGAGGCUUCAACUCCUUCAGCUUCUAGUGCUAAGCCAGGCUAUUCAUCCUAACAAUUCCCAGCACAGGGAAGGGCAAGCUCUACCGGAGCAACUCGGAGAGAACGGGGAUGGCUGCUUCCCAGGACAAGAAGGGAAAUCCAUCUCCUCUCUCCCCGGCUGCGCCGGCUCCCUGCUGGCGUCAUAAUGCACCUUCAAAGGAUGCGGGCUGAUGUCACAGGGGGAUGCCCCGCAUCCCAGGGAGGUCUCCCCAGCGCUGCCGGCACUUCCCGGCGAGGCUUGGGCGCUGCUGGGCACUGCUCAGGGGCUCCCCACUGCUGCCCUUCGGAGCUGCUCCACAGCCAGGAGCGGGAUCGGGAGGCAGCGGGGCUGCGCUGGGGGGACCCGUUGUGACCGGCAGAGGAGCAGGGGCACGUCGGAGAGGAGUUUUGGGCGAGGAGCUGCGAAGAGCAUCCCUUUCCCUGAGCUGAGGGCAAGCGGCAGGCGCGAUGGAGGGCUGCUGCACCGUGGCCAUCAGCUUGGAGCUCAGCAGCUUGUUCCCCACGCUCCUGCAGCUCUCCACCAAGGAGGUUGUGGCUAUUUGGGAUGCUGUGUCUGCGUACAUCCUGGGACAGCUGAAGCAGGACAAGGGUGUCCUGGUCGCAGGACUCGGGACCUUCGCGAUGGUCCAAGAGCAAUUCCAGGGCAGAGAAGAGGUGUAUGCGGUUCGAAGACCCGUCUUCCGACUGGAGCUUGAUGUGUUAUGUCCGCAGGAGCUCGCGUUCCCCACAGUGGUUAUCCCCGGCGAUGUCAAGAUCAAGCCGCUGAACUACAAGCGGCUGUCGCGAGCCACCUCCUUCCCACGGCACGUGGUGAAGGACUGCGUGCAAGAGACCAUCCUCUUGUACUCUUCCCAACUGAAGAACGGGCAGCGCCUCUCCUUCGCCUUCAAGGACAUUGGUGUUCUGUCCUGCAACGACGACCUCCUGUGCAUGCGGUUCUAUUCUGACUGCGUCACAGGGCUGGAGAGCAAGGCCAGCCAGAUUGCGCUGCUUCACACUAGGCUGUGGACGCCAGGGGCAGCUGUCUCCGGUGGAGCGACCGCCGCCCAGGAGAUGCAGGCUGCUCCUGCCCACGCGUUCCCGAGGUUUCAGUUCCUGGUGAUCAGCAGAUCGGCGUCCAAGGCUUUCUCCACCUGGCACAAGAAGGUUGCAGAAAAGCACAGGGUCAGAAGAGGUACAGAGGGAAGCCAGGUGCCUGACAAGCUGCUGCAGAGGCGGGUGAAGUAUUCCCUCCCCGCGCUGCCAAACCAGGGGCCGGGCACCAGGCAGCAAGACACGGAGAAGAAGCCUUCUGCCGGUCUGCUCCCACCAUGUCCAGGCAGCUCCCCCAGCACGAAGGAGGCAAGCAGGCAGGAGCCAGCUCCUCCAGCCAGGCCCACCGCUGCGCUCCCGUCUUCUGAAGGCUGCAAGAGAGCGCUGCAGGAGGUCUGGCAGCUGUCUGCAGAGUGGGAGCGAGUGAAGACCCGGUGGGAAGAGCGGCGACAGCAAGCAAAGGCAGAAUGGGCGGCGUGGGAGGCCUGGUCUGCAGGGGAGGACCGACAGCCGCCCCAGGCGCUCGGCACUGGAGGCGUUUGGGCUCCCCACCCUCCAGCCCAGCCCAGGAGAAAGGAGGUCGGCGGGAGGUGGAGGAAGGCUGAAAACCCUCUCCCAGCAGAGGAGAUGGCAGCAGCCGCCCAGCUGGAGAGACUCCAGCCUGACCACCUUUCCCCACGAGCGGCCCAGGUCCUCAGAAGGCUGGAGCCGCAUCAAGGACGGAGGACCAUCUUCAGGCACGUCACUGAGAACAACCGGCGGAAGCUGGAGCAGCAGAGGCAGCUCCCCUGCACGCGAUGCUGGUACCGCAGCGGAGGAGAAGGUGCCGGAGGCGGCGGCUGUAGCAGUGGCUGUUAGCAAAAAGGGGCUGGGAGGCUUCUCAGCUUCUCAGAUCCACCUCCGUGGAUCCAUCCGUCCAUCUUCGCCAGCGGCGGGGGGCAGCUCUGUGAGGAGAGGCCUCGGCUGCCCCUGCCGGCCUGGCAACAGCUGCGCCAUUGGCCACGGCUGAGCCAAUCAGCGGAGCCGGAGGCGGCCUGUCAGUCCCAGAUAGAGGGGGCGGGAGGCUGAGCAGCCUGAGG